AUGUCAUUAAAUAUUCUAGUGUUAGGUAACGGUGGUAGAGAACACGCUCUAUUAUGGAAACUAUCUCAAUCAUCAACUGUCAACAAAAUUUAUGUCACUCCAGGCAAUGGGGGUACUCAACAAAUUGUAAAAGUUGAGAAUUUGACUCAAGAUGAUUUAUUACCAAUCCCAAAGAAUUUCAUUAAUUUACAAGCUUUUGCCCAAAAGAACAAUAUAAACCUUGUUAUCCCAGGUCCUGAACAACCAUUAGUUGAUGGUAUUACAACAUUUUUCACAAAUGUGGGUAUCCCUGUAUUUGGUCCAUCUGCAGAAGUUGCACAACUUGAAGGUUCCAAAGUUUUUGCUAAGGAAUUUAUGAGGAGACACAAUAUCCCAACAGCCAACUUUGCAAAAUUUGACAACUAUGAUAAUGCCAUGAAAUAUAUAAACAGUGAAAAGGAUAAGAACGUCGUUAUUAAGGCUGACGGUGUUGCUGCUGGUAAAGGUGUUCUUAUCCCAACUAACCAACAAGAAGCUCUUGAAGCUCUAAAGACCAUCAUGGUUGAUAAGCAAUUUGGUUCUGCAGGUGAAUCUGUAGUUAUUGAAGAAUUCUUAGAAGGUCAAGAAAUUUCAAUUUUAACAAUUUCUGAUGGUUACUCCUACUAUAACUUACCAGCUGCUCAAGACCACAAGAGGAUCGGCGAGAAUGAUACUGGUUUAAACACCGGUGGUAUGGGCGCUUACGCACCUGCUCCUGUUGCUACUCCAAAGGUUAUGAACGAAAUUGAUCAAAAUAUCAUAAAGCCAAGUAUCGAUGGGCUAAGAAAAGAUCGUUUGCCAUUUGUUGGGAUCUUAUUCACUGGUAUUAUACUGACUUCAACUGGUCCAAAAGUCUUAGAAUACAACGUAAGAUUUGGUGAUCCAGAAACUCAAACAGUUUUGCCACUACUAACUGAAGAGACAGAUCUAGCCCAAGUAUUUUUAGCUGCCGCAGAACACAGAUUAGACUCCGUUGAAAUUAAUAUUAAAAAAGAUUAUUUUGCCACUACUGUUGUAUUAGCUGCUGCUGGUUAUCCAGAAUCUUACAACAAAGGAGAUAUCAUUACAAUCAAUGAAUCUAAAUUACCAAAUGAUGCAUAUAUUUUCCAAGCUGGUACAAGCUUCUCCAACGAGAAAAACGAAUUAGUUACUGCGGGUGGUAGAGUUAUUGCCACCACAGCGAUUGCUAAGACAUUAAAAGGUGCUGUUGCUAAAGCUUAUGAAGCUGUUGACUGUAUUGAUUUCAAAGGAAAAUACUUCAGAAAGGAUAUUGCUCACCGUGCAUUUGAUGAAAAUACACCAAAGACAUCUAUAACAUAUUCCGACUCGGGGGUAUCUGUCGACAAUGGUAACCUUUUAGUCCAAAAAAUUAAAGAUAUGGUAAAAUCUACCAGAAGACCAGGUGCUGAUUCUGAUAUUGGUGGCUUUGGUGGUGUCUUUGACUUAAAACAAGCUGGUUAUGAUACUGAUGAAACCUUAUUGGUAGCCGCCACAGAUGGUGUUGGUACAAAAUUAAUCAUUGCACAAGAAACUAACAUCCAUGACACUGUCGGUAUUGAUUUAGUGGCAAUGAACGUUAAUGAUUUAGUAGUACAAGGUGCCGAACCUCUAUUAUUUCUAGAUUAUUUUGCAACUGGUGCGCUGGAUAUCAAGGUUGCAUCUGAUUUUGUUUCUGGUGUUGUUGAUGGUUGUUUACAAGCCGGUUGUGCAUUAGUAGGUGGUGAAACCUCUGAAAUGCCAGGUAUGUACCCACCAGGUCACUAUGAUACUAAUGGUACAGCUGUUGGUGCUGUUAAUAAAAACAAUAUACUACCUAAGAUGGAUCAAAUGGAGCCAGGCAAUGUCCUUCUAGGGUUGGCAUCUGAUGGUGUACAUUCCAAUGGUUACUCCUUAGUCAGAAGAGUUAUCUCUCAUGUUGGUCUGUCAUGGAGUGACCCUUGCCCAUGGGAUAACUCCAAGACUCUUGGUGAAGGUACCCUGGUUCCAACUAAGAUUUACGUCAAGCAACUACUUCCUUCUCUAAAGAAGAAGUUGAUAUUAGGUUUGGCUCAUAUAACAGGUGGGGGUUUGAUUGAAAAUAUUCCACGUGCUAUCCCAAAAAAUUUACAAGCUCAAGUAGACAUGUCUACAUGGACUGUUCCAGAAGUAUUCAAGUGGUUUGGAAAAGCUGGUAAUGUUCCAAUUGAAGAUAUUUUAAAGACUUUGAAUAUGGGUGUUGGUAUGGUUUUGAUAGUAAAGAAAGAAAAUGUUGAGGAAGUCAAGAGACUGGUAACUGCAGCAAAUGAAACCAUUUACGAAAUUGGUACUCUGGUGGAAAAACCAACAGGUGCCCCAGGUUGUGUUGUCAACAAUGCUACUAAUCUAUAUUGA